AUUUUGUAGUUCAGUGUGCCCUCUCAAUAUAUUCUGAUAUUAUUAUCCCAAAAAGCAUGACUUCCACACAGUAAAAUAAAACUAUCUUGGUAGCUAUAAAUUCCACACAAUCCCAGCUGCUACAUCAUUCAUUUGAUAAUCAAGUAGUUACACCCACCCAAAGAAUAAGAUCACCAAUGUCUCAUCAUGAAUAUGAUACUAAUCAAAAUCCAAUCUGCACCGUUGAUCCUUACGACUAUCUGAAGAUCAUCCGAAACCCAGACGGCCGAACCAUCACUCGUCACCUCCAAGUCCCAACCAAAUCGGCCUCACCGGAUCCAACCUCUCUCUCCCCAGUUCUAACCAAAGACGUCACUCUUAACCCGACCCAUAAUACUUGGAUCCGAAUAUUCUUGCCCUCAAAAGCCCUAACUAAUACUAAUAAUGAUGAUAAUAAGCUCCCUCUUAUUGUCUACUACCAUGGCGGUGGCUUCAUCUUGCUCAGCGCUUCUUCUUCUUUCCACCACGAUUUUUGCUCCGACAUGGCGGCUCAACUCUCCGCCGUGGUUGUCUCCGUCGAAUACCGCUUAGCCCCGGAGCACCGCCUCCCGGCAGCCUACGACGACGCCUUCGAGGCGUUGGAUUGGAUUAAAUCAACGGACGAGAUUUGGUUACGCGAGUUUGCUGACGUGUCUAACUGUUUUCUUAUGGGUACCAGUGCUGGUGGCAACAUUACAUACCAUGUUGGACUUCGUGCUUUAACAGCCGUCGAUGAACUUGCGCCGUUGAAGAUCAAAGGGCUCGUAUUGCAUCAUUCGUUUUUUGGUGGGGUCAAGAGGACUGAAUCGGAGAUAAGGUUGGUGAACAAUCCUGUUUUGCCUCUAAGCGGCAAUGAUCUGAUGUGGGAGCUUGCAUUGCCAAUUGGUGUUGACCGUGAUCACGAGUAUUCAAAUCCAACGGCUGAUGUUCGUCGUUGGUCUGAUAAUUGUGAUGGAAUUAAAGGGCUGGGAUGGCGUUUGUUGGUGGUGGGGUGUGAUGGUGACCCUCUGAUUGAUCGACAGGUGGAAUUUGUGGAAAUGCUUAAGAAAAAUGGUGUUGAUGUGGUUUCUCAGUUUAGCCAAGGUUAUUAUCAUGGGGUUGAGAUUGUGGAUCCAACUAAAGCUACAGAAUUAUUUGUUUUACUUACACAAUUCCUAAAUAAUGACAAUUCACAACUACCAAAAUUAAAAUAAACAUAUUGUUUCAGUACUGCUUCCAAGAAAAAAAAAAAGAGAAAUUAUUAUAUGUAUACAAUAAAUAAAUCAUAUAAUAUGUUUCUCAAAUAAUAAAGAUGAAAAAUCAUGUAAUGUAUACUUUAUUUAUUUUUAUUUAUUUUGCUUUGUGCCUUUUUUUUUAUUAUUAUUAUUUUAUUUUUUUUUUUGUAUUCUUUUAGUUUUCGCCUAAUAAAUAAGCUUGUUGUAUCG